AUUGCCAAUUUGCUUAAUUGAAGUUAGUUCCAGCGUGACAUUGGAGAGCACAAAAAGCUUCAGCUUAGUUCCAGCAAUUCACCAUCACACUCGAAAAACAAGCAAACUCCUCCGAUUUGAAUUUGUGAAUUUGUGGUUUCCUUCACCUGAGUUCCUCCGAUUUGAAUCUCUCAUCUCAAACUCUGAGCUCCGAACUUCAAUUUAAUCCCCAGAGAGAGAUUGAUCCGAGCUCAAAACUCUCCGACAUCGUCGUAGCAGCAUCCCUCGCGAUCUCCUCCGCUUGAGAUCAAAAUUUUGGUGCGACCUUUUCAUUUCUCCUCUAAUUUCAUAUAUAAUUUCUCUAUUUAUAACCAUUAUUCUAUCAUUUUAUUGAAGCUCUGCUUUGGUGCAUUGUAAUUGAAGCUCUACUUUCGAAUUGAAGUCCAGUCUCACAGUAGCCAUUCUAAGUACUUGUUAGUUUUGAAAUGGACAAGAGUUGGAUUAAUGCGCCAAGGGUUAGUGAUGUUUAUAAGAGUGGAUGUGAGUCAUUCAUACAAUUUGCCAUGGAAGCUCAAGAAACUAUACUUUGCCCCUGCUUGAAGUGUUGUAAUGGCAAAAGGUUUUCAACUGAAAAUGUUCUUCAUCACAUAUUAUUCAAUGGUUUUUGUCCGGGAUAUACUACUUGGAAUUUUCACGGAGAACAUGUAUCGUCGGCAUGUUUGAGCUGCACACGAUUGAGGCGUUUGAGCUGCACACGAGAUACUUGUGAAAUUAGCUAGCAUUUGUGUUGUAAGUUUGGACCCGAAGAGUUUGAAGUUUGGAAUCAAAACGACAUAAACUGUAGGGGACUUGUCUAUCUAAAUGUUUUGAUCAUGUUUCGAUCCAAAGUGACAAUAUCCCAGUACAAAAAAGGCCCUCCAACAACAAAUUGUAGUUCUCUACCGCCACCAUCUUCCACAUUCUCACAACCUCUUACUAUUGAUUCACAUCAUUCUCCAGAUUCUAUUUUCAACCACUUGCGUCCACCUUCAUUAAAUAGUAAUUACACACAGCUAAGCCCCCUUCGGCAUUCACCAUCCCACCUUCAUUCUUCCUCCGAGACAGAUGAUAGUGAAUCUAACAACAAUGAUGAUAAUUCACAUGUUCAAGUUUCUGAGAGUAAUGUACUUGAAAAUAUUGAGAUUGUAGAUGACAAAGGCCAUGUGAAACUGACAAGAAUGGGAAUGAAAGCUAGUGAUGUUUUCAAGUUGGCUAAAGGUUUGAGAAUUUUGGUAAAUGUUAAUGAACAUGGCCAACCAAUCCGGGCAGCUAGAAGAGUUCUAACAAGAUACAUGAUGAAACUUGUGAAACAACCAAAUCUUUGUCCGCCAGAUUUAAAUGAUUUUAAUGAUGUUAAACAUGCCUUUGGAGUUGAGCUGCUGAGAGCUGUGCGGGAGAAAUUCUAUAUCCCUAGACAUGAAAAUGUGGACAAUGUAUUAAUUGCUCUAAUGGGCAUAAAGUUCAGGAACAACAAGUAUCGGAUAAGAAAGGAGAUAUAUAAAAAGACACAUGCUAGAUUGAGGGAAAAGCUGAAAGCAGUUUUGGAAGCUAGUGGUGUUCAUGGUGAAGAAUUGGAACAUCGAGUGACAUUUCAUGAAUUUCGUGAAGACCAAAUUUUGGCAGAGCUUGAUAGGAUUGAGCCUCCACCUGGAUUUGCUUAUCAUCAAUGGCUUAAAUUCAAGAGUAAUAUGAAAUCUGAAAAGGCAAAGAAACUGUCUGAGAAAGGGAAAAAAGCUCGUGCAACCCAAAGUCAUACUCAUAUAACUGGAACCAAGAGUUAUGCUCAAGUUGAAGAUGAGCAUGUCAUUAAAUAUAAAGAACAUCCAGGGCCACUUACAUUUUUUGACUUGACACAUAAAAGGAGAGAUGGUUCUUAUGUGCAGAGUGAUUCAAAAGAAUUCAUGAUGGCUGCCAAAUCAGAGAUUGUUAAACGUAAAACUGAAGGAACUUGUGAAAAUACUGUUGAAUUAGAAAGUUCAGUUUGGUAUGAUUUGAUGGGUGAUGAUAAACCUGGUCGAGCUCGUGGUUAUGGUAUUGGUGUCACGAAAUCAAGUGUGACCGCCUUCCGAGCCAAACUUAGACAAAUGCAAAGUGAAUCAGAAAAAUCCAAUGCUCAUGACAUUGAAAUGGCCCAGCUCAAGCUAUUACUUAGCAAGCAACAACAACUUGUUGCACAAGAAAAUGCAAUGAAUGCAUACAUGGCAAAGACAAAUGAAAUUAUAGGCAAUUUGAGAGAUGAAGUUCUACUUUAUCGUACAGCAUUUGGAGCUGGUACAGGGGACGUACCCAACCAUCUGAAAACGAGCUCAGGUUGCACCCAAGCAUUGGAGGCUGGAGAUCAAUUUCAGCCAGGAUGCAGUGCUGAUGCUUUCAUCAAUAAGCUUACCUAAUGGCAUCCAGGCUGAAGUUCGUGGCUUCCAACAUGACGGCUUCUUGCACCUAUAACAAUUUUAGUGAAAGGGCAUAAAUUGCUUGAUAUAUUGAACCUUCAUAAGGGGUCACCAAAUAAAGGUCAAGAAUAGUAUGCUAAAAAGAGUGGCUGCUGAGGAUGAUCUUUCCCAAAUGAAAGCAUUUUCUUAAUCAUGUUUGACACAUGUAAUUGCAUAUAUUUCACCAUGCCCCAUAUAUAUUGGUGGUUGACCUUGUUAUUUGAGUUAAUUGCAUAAAUAUUCAAGAGCUUAUUUGGCAUGGAUAAUAGCAACAUCUAUUUCUUCUA